GCUGCAGCGUCACAUACAAGAACAACAGCCAACAGACGCGCCGGCGCAGAGGCCUGGGGCUGUAGGCCCAACGCAGGAUGUCGCCAGGCAGGGCCUCUGUGGCAACACUACUGCUCCUUGUAGCCGCGGGCGGCCUCGUCUCGCUACAUAUUCAUUCCUUUACACCUUAUUUGGACUUCUUAGGACUUGAUGACCCACUCCGAGUUUGUGCAACGAAAGGAUUCGCGAGCAUGGAGACACUUAACGAUGUCGCGCUCUGCAUGGCAUCUCUGGUCGUGCCCGAGGACUCAAUACCAGCCGGCACCUACUAUGAUUCAGAUACCAACAUGUAUGUUCCAACCGACGAGCAGCGACGGGACCUGGGCGCGGUGGUGAGGCGCCUGGCAGGCGCGACCUCGCCGAAGCACUGCAAGAGGGUCAUCAUGCCCGGCUCGUUGCGGCGCGUCUACCGGCCGCCAGCCGUGUUCACCGACACGGCUCUGGGCGAGGAGGUGUGCCUGCUGCUGGAGCGGGCGGCGCGCGGCCGCUUCGUGGCGGGCUGGGCGUGGCUGGCGGUGCGGCCGCAGCCCGCACAGGAGCCGGAGCAGCUGCAGGCGGGGUGGCAGAGGCGGCAGAGCCGGCAGGCGGUGGAGGAGGAGGAGGAGCAGGCGGGGGAGCAGGCGGGGGAGCAGCAGCAUGGGGGGGAGGGCCGGCAGGGCGGUCUGCAGGGGGCCGGCGGGAGGGAGGCGGAGCAGGAGGCGGAGCAGGAGGCGGAGCAGGCUGCUGCUGCUGCUGGGCCGCGUGAGGAAGGCGACCUCGAGCCAGGGACGCCGGCAGCAUGGCCAGCAGCAGCAGUGGCGGCAGCAGCAGGCGGGGCAGGAGGAGGAGCGGCGGGCGGAGUGGGCACGCCUGGCCUGUCGCGUGCCGCAGCUGCGAGUGUGGCUGCGAGUGAGGCUACGAGUGAGGCUGCGGGGCGCGCGGGCGGCCGCCGCCCGUCCGGCGCCGGGGCCUGGUGGGCCCUGCCGCGGCUGCACCUGGGCGCGCCGCACCCCAACUUCGAGGGGCCGGUGGACCUGCAGGCCGUGGCGCUGUUCCGGCUGCUGCCCCGCCUGGCUCGCUCCGUGGUGGUGUCUGGCAAGCACCGCCGUGCCGCCACCGGCGACGACUCGCGCUGCCUACCCGGGCUGGGCUACCCCGCCAGCGACCCCUCACACAACGCCGACGACGCCUUCAACGUGGUCAGCAUGGCGCUGCUGCGGCUGGAGGCGGAGGAGGCGGAGGAGGAGGAGCAGGUCGGGGUGGAGGACGAGGCGGGGGAGGAGGAGGGGGAGGAGGAGGGGCAGGGGGAGGGGGAGCUGCAGGCGGGGGCGGUGAUGGAGCCGGCGGUGGAGCCGCAGGAGGCGGCGGCGGCGGAGCGAGAGCUAACAGGGGUUGCAGGCGAUACAGCCGGGGCCAUCCCGCGGCUCCGGCUCCAGCCGCGGCCGUCCGCUGCCGACCCCAGCCAGCCCCAUGCCCGGCAGCCCCUGCAGCUGCUGCCGCCGCGUGUGGUGUUCCUGCAGCUGCACGGCAAGGCCGACGCCAGCUGUCCGUACUCCACCGUGUUCGCCUCAGGCGGCUUCGGCCGCAACGCCAGCGCCUUCUACGGCCGCAGCGACACCGCGGUGGCGGCGGUGGCGCGCGCGCUGGGCCGGGCGGCGGCGGUGGCGGCGGCGGCAAAGGCGGCCGAGGCUGAGGCUGUGGGGUCGGUGGGGGGGGAUGAGGCGGAAGCGCAGGUGAAGGCCGAGGCGGUGGAGGCGGGGCUGCGUCAGCAGCAGCAGGGGCUGGGCUGGGCUGUCCAUCUGCCGCCUGACGACCCGGCCUGCCCCCUGGCAGCCACGCGCAACGUGUUUGGGCGUGUGGUCAAUGGGGUGCCGCGGUGCGAGUGCUGCGGCCGACCCGCAGAUGAGGGCGGCCCAGUCGCUGCCGCGGAGGAGGGGGCGGCGGAGGAGGGGGCGGCGGUGGGUGUGCUGGCGGGAGGUGGCCGCUGUGAUGUGGGUUCGACGGGGAGUUGGAGCGGCGGCGGCAGAGGAAGAGGCAGGGGCGGCCGGUCGUGCUUUGGCGCGUUUGUGCACGUGGAGCAGGCGGCGGAGGCGCGCGAUCCAGAGGCCUGGGGCGUGUGGGCGGAGGCGCUCGCGGAGGCGGUGGCGGUAGACGGGCGAGGGCGUGGAGGAUGAGGAAAGGGCGGUGCGGCUGUGUGCGCAGGUCCCCGAACACCGCUGGCAAGGUGUGACGAGCUUGCUUCGUCCACCGCUCGCCUGGGCCGCACUACGCUCCGGCACCUCAAUCUGCAGUAAUGUAUCACGCCCUGGCCGGGUCGUCGGUCGUUUGGUUGAGGUCAAUCGUCUGGCCGUCAACCGACGAGUCGGAGUUU